GAUCCCUGCUCGAUCCUUGGACCUCCCGGGGCACGGAUGACGUUGAUCGCGCUUCUCAAACUAUCUAGUCACCAUCUACCACGCUCGUCUGCAUUUGUUCUGCAUUGCUGCUGCGCCGUUCCCUCUCAGACAGUGCCACAAUGUCUGGAUAUUACCCGCCCAACGCGAACAUCCCACCGCAGUAUUACAGUCUCAAUCCCAAUGGCCUCCCGAAUUCCAAUCUGCAAAAUGUCCCGCCUAUGAUGGCGCCUGAUAACCCGUAUGCUCACGGCUUGCCCGAGAGCCCGGUGUACCACGCUAUGCCUGGACCCUUCCCGCCUUACGUCGAAACGCACAUGCAGCAACCCUACAUGGGCCAUUAUCAAGAUGGACCCGGCGGCAUGGAUCCAUCUCAAGACGCGAAUGCUCGCGCAAGGCGGCGCCCUGGGCCAGGAGAACAUGUAAAGCAUCGAAGAACCCGGAGCGGCUGCUUUACGUGUCGUCAGCGUCGAGUCAAGUGUGAUGAAGCGCACCCGGUUUGCGAAAGAUGUCGCAAGGGCAACCGCGAGUGCAUCUACCCAGAAGCUCAGUCUACUCAGAAGACCGGCAGAAGCGGGUCCAAGUCAGGAAAAUCAUCUUCCGCGGAAUCUGGUGAAGGCUCAUCCCCGGAAGACCACAACGAUGAUGCAAAGGAACGGUUACCGCCCAUUGCUGACGAUGACGAAGACGAAUAUGAGGAAGACGACAUGGAGGUUGAAGAAAAGGGCCAAGGGGCACGGGAAGCAUCCAACACGCCCGGGUUAACACUGGAUCGGAGCCCCUCGCCUUCAACAGAACCCUCCUUGAAAACUCCCAGCUUAUCUUCGCGACCACCAAUAAACCGAAAAAUGAGUCAUCCAACGAAAAACUCCGGCGCGACCGUCAAGCCCUCACAGAGAAAAGACAUACAGUUCUACCUGGAUUAUUUUAAGAACCACAUGUCUGCACACCACUACUCGCUAAAGCACGACACCUCGAAGUUCUUCAAGACCGACUAUCUAGACCACGCCAUGAGGUACCCGCCGCUGUUGUUUGCGAUUGUAGGAUACGCCGCCUACUUUCACACUCUGACCCAGCCGAAUGCACGCAUGCAUACCUUUCUGCAGUACUACGACGAGUCGAUAUCACGUCUACGCGCGAAUAUGAUGAAGGCCAAGAAGCAGGGGCUAUCUACUUUACUUACCAUCCUGCAGCUUGCAGCUAUCGAGGAGAUGCUGGGCGAUUGGGUGAAUCUCAUGGGCCAUCAAAAGGCUGCUAAUCAGAUGUUGACGCAGCUCUACACUCCCAAGACUAUUACAGAUUCCCCGUUUUUGCUGAAGGUUAUACUGUGGUACAGCCGAUUCGAUUUGUUCGUCGGACUCCAAUCUGGAGGAGAAGCUAUCCUCAGCCGGGAUUGGUACGUCGCAGUACACGAGCAUUUCCAGAAGGAAUCCGCAGCGCAUCCCGACAAUCUGGGUCUACGAUACGACGAACGCUUCGCCUACUCACGACUGGUUGCCAAGGACUCAAGCGACUUCUUCUUCAAGAAGGGGAGGGGAAUGAUUAGUGACGCAGACUUUAUGGAGGAGUUGCCGAAACUCGGGAAGAAAGUGCAUGCGCUCGAAACCAACAUCGAUCCCAUGCUGCUAGAUCCCAACCACAAAGUCCACUCACUCUCUGGAAACCCGGACCACGAUAGCGUCGUCAAUGCCUUUGAGCCUGAUCUGCUCUUUAGGGGGAGCCGCUGGACGACAAAUUACUUGAAGCUCGACAUGUGGGGAAUCAUCUUCAUGUUCAAUUUGUCGAGCGCAAUGGCCCUGCAAAAACCGUUCGACCCGGAGAUCCACAAACGUGCUUUGCGUUCUGCUCAACUCUUUGAAGCUAUCCGCAACUACCCUGAGGCGCCCCCCGGUUCGAUCAUCGAAGCGCAAGCUUCCUUUGCAAUUGCGACGUUGUUUCUUCCCAAAGAUCCCAAGACGGUAACGUGGUGUCGUAAGACACUGGCCAAGGUGGAAAGCGCAGGCUACAUCUACUCGGACGUCCUCCGCAAUCGCUUCCUCGGUAGCUGGGGUCUCCCUCCCUCAGACUGGUGGCUCCCUAACGACGAAGGCUGUCCCCCAAUUAUCCGCUCCAUUAAGGAUUUCAUCCAAGAGCGUACCACUGCCCCCAAGGAUGAAGUUUCGGAGAACCUGCGCGAAAUGCGUGGCAUCUUCGGCACCCUGACCAUCUCAGAUUCGCCGCCGGACGACAACUCCAGCAACGCCACAGAAGAGACGGUCGGUCUGGGCUCUGUGAGCACCAAUACAGACGACAUGCUUUACUACACGGGGAGUCCGCCGGAGUACGAGUACGGUUACGAUUCCAAGUUCAGCGGCAAGGAGGCGCACUCAUCGGGGCAAUUCUCGUGAGCGAUCGGGGCUGAAGAAUGCUUGUCGUGGGCGCAGCCUGCGGUGUGUCGUCACAUCUGGCAAGAAGACGAGACGGCAGAUCGC